AUGCGCGUGCCGCUGGAUCACAGCGGCCGUGUGCCAGGCACCAUCGACGUGUUCUUUCGUGAGCUGGUUCAUCGCAAUAGGAAGGAUGAUAAAGGGCUGGGCUAUCUCUUGUUCUUGCAAGGUGGCCCCGGGUUUGAAGCGGCACGCCCCACAGAGGCCAGCGGCUGGAUCAAGCAGGCUUCGGUCUACUUCCGCAUCAUCCUACUGGACCAGCGCGGCACGGGGCGCUCCACGCCCAUCACCCCCGACAGCCUGCCCCGCCGUGGCUCGCCGGAGGAGCAGGCACAGUACCUGAAGUUCUUCAGGGCCGACAGCAUUGUGCGGGAUGCGGAGAUGAUUCGGCGGGCCACCGUGCCGCAGAACGGAUCCUCGGGCGGCCGCUGGAGCAUUCUGGGGCAGUCUUUUGGCGGCUUCUGCUGCGCCACAUACCUUUCGCUGGCACCUGAGGGCCUAGUGGAGGUGCUCAUCACUGGGGGCAUCCCGCCCGGCAUCGCCCAGCCCUGCUGCGCUGACGAUGUGUACCGCCGGACAUACCGUCGCGUGAUGCAGCAGAACCACAAAUUCUACCAGCGCUUUCCCAUGGAUGUAGAGAACCGCAUCGUCAAGUGCCUAGCAGAGCACCCGGAUGGUGUACUGACCCCCAUGGGAAACAAAGUCACGCCACGGAGCUUCCAAUUGCUGGGACUGCAGACGCUGGGGUUUAGCCAUGGCUUUGAGCGGCUGCACUACCUCUUAGAGACCGCCUUCGAUGGCGACAUGCUUAGCCACAAGUUCAAGAAGGAGUUUGACAGUUGGAUGUCAUGGGACACCAACCCCCUGUAUGCGCUGCUGCACGAGUCCAUUUACUGCCAGGGGGCUGCCAGCAACUGGGAGACGGAAUUUGCCAAGGAUUUUGAUGCAGUGGCACUGGCAAAUGCAGGACAGCCGGUCAUGUUCACAGGGGAGAUGGUGUUCCCGUGGAUGUUCGAGGAUUUUGCUGCUCUUCGGCCACUCAAGGAGGCCGCAGAGAUAGUAGCAGGCGAUGCAGAUUGGCCCGCGCUAUAUGAUGUGCGGCGGUUGGAGGAGAACUCGGUGCCCGUGGCGACAGCGACGUACUACGAGGACAUGUUUGUAGACUUUGAGUUGGGGCAGCAGACGGCCAGCCACAUCAAGGGCAUCCGCCAGUGGAUUACCAAUGAAUACCUGCACUGCGGCAUCCGCGAGGCGGGGGUCACCAUCUUUGAGAAGCUGCUCAAUAUGGUGCGAGGCGGCAUCCUGCUUCGAUAG